UGGUGAUAACACCUCGACGCUCUGCGUCUCAAAGAUUUGUUUCUUCGUUUAUUUCAAAAGAUCUAGGUAAUGCUAUUGUGUAUUAUUCCAGUGGAAAAAUAGUCUUCAGUAGUUAUUCAUUAUUCCAGUGUUUUUCGCGAAUCGCGAGAGGUGACGGGUUCACUUCCGAAAAAAAGCAUUCCAUUCAUCAUGCUGACACGGACUCUAAGGAAAUUAAGAUGAGAUUUUCGUGUUUCCCGAGGGCUAGUAUCCUGGGCCAGAGGGGGAGUAUUAACCUCACCCCUCUCCCCGGGAACGAGGAGAAUGGCAGUAUCACCGGUAUCAGCAUCAUCAGCAAUGGGAACAGCAGAGAGCCGAUUCCCAUGAGCUACAAACGUCACGGAGACGAUGUCAACGGCAUGCUGAGCCAUUGUUCGAGCUCGACUACGCUCAAUGGAUCGACAACGCUCCCAAAAGGCUACACAGUCUUCAGAAACGAUAAUGGGAAUAGACUCGAGAGAUCGGAGACCGUUGAAUCGAAUUUAUCGGUUGAGAGCGUUAAAAUUCCCAGGGGUGGGGUCAUUGGGAGAACGCCAACACCACCCUCUGCACCCACUCCUGUUUACGAUAAAGAUAUACGAUCGAGAGAGCUAAUAAAACGAGCAAUACUGGAGAACGAAUUCUUGGGAAACCUUGAGGAACCCCAGGUCGAGGCCCUAGUGUCUGCCAUGUACCCAAAGAACAUUCCACCGAGUUAUCUAGUGAUUCACGAAGGCGAUAUUGGAUCACAUCUGUACGUAUCCGCCGAAGGGGAGUUCGACAUAUACCAGGGAAGUAAAUUCGCCAGGAGUUUCGGCCCCGGAGUUGCAUUUGGAGAACUCGCGUUACUCUACAACACCAAAAGAUUGCGUUCAAUAUCGUCGAAGAAGGGCGGAAAGGUAUGGGUCCUAGACCGGUCUGUGUUUCUGACUGUGAUGAUGAGGAGUGCCCAGGACCGGCUCGAGGGCAACAUUCGGUUCCUGAGGAAGGUUUCAGUGCUUCAGAAACUUCCUGAACCCAAGGAACACGUGUUCGCGAAGAUAUCGGAUUUGAUUAAAGUGGAAUUCUUCCCAGCUGGCGCCAAAAUCCUUCGUCAAGGUGAAAUAGGCGACAAAUUCUUCAUAAUCAGCGGCGGAAACGUUCGAAUAACCAAGGACACCGAGUACGGUGGUGAAGAGGAACUGGUGGUCCUCGGGAAGGGUCAGUACUUCGGAGAGAAAGCACUCUAUGACAAGGCUGAUAAUCGAAGGCAAGCUAAUGCGAUAGCGUUAGCACCUGGCGUUGAAUGUCUCACUCUGGACGGCACAACAUUUUUGAAUUAUCUCGGUGGUCUUGACGAGAUAAGGAAUACGGAUUGGGCAGCAGAGCUUGAAAAACAAAAGCGCUCUUUGACACCAAAGGUCUGGACCAAUGAAUACUCGGACGUGACACUUUAUGAUUUAGAGAGCCGUGGAACACUGGGUGUUGGGGGAUUUGGUCGAGUUGAACUCGUGACCUUGAGAUCUGAUACUGAGAAGAGUUUCGCACUGAAGAAACUAAAGAAGAAGACUAUGGUUGAUCAGCAGCAGCAGGAGCACGUGCUCAAUGAGAAGUGCAUAAUGCAGGCUUGCGAUUCUGCUUUCAUCUGCAAACUCUAUCAAACCUUCAAAGACUCCAAAUACGUCUACUUCCUCAUGGAAGUAUGUCUCGGUGGUGACGUAUGGACGACCCUCCAGAAGCGCCGGUACUUCGACGACGCAACGGCCCAAUUUAUGGUGGGCUGCGUCGUCGAGGCACUGGACCACCUACACUCCCUGAAUAUUGUUUACCGUGAUCUCAAACCGGAAAACCUUAUGCUCGACAGUCGCGGGUAUCUCAAACUCGUGGACUUUGGCUUCAGCAAGAAGAUUGGGCCUGACAAGACGUGGACAUUUGCUGGAACGCCUGAAUACGUCGCUCCGGAGAUUAUUCUCAAUAAAGGACACGACAGAGCUGUGGAUUAUUGGGCCUUAGGCAUUCUCACGCAUGAACUGUUAGUGGGAAAGCCUCCAUUCCGUGGCUCCGAUCACAUGACCACGUACAACAGAAUCCUGAAGGGAGUGGAGAUGGUUGGGAUUCCCCCGAUUGUCAACAAAAACGCAAACAAUCUGAUAAAAAAAUUAUUACGACUGAGUCCCUCGGAGAGACUCGGCUAUCAGCGCAAUGGAAUUCAGGAUAUUCGGGACCACAAGUGGUUCAGUAAUUUCAACUGGAAGGCAUUGCAGAAACUCGCGUUACCCGCCCCUAUCGUUCCGACAAUUCGAAGUACAACGGACGUCAGGAACUUCGAGAGAUACCCCCCGGACAGGGAAAUCCCUCCGGAUGAAUUUUCCGGUUGGGACAUGAACUUCUGAGUCUCAAUCAAUUUUUUUUUUCUACUAAUUACCGAUCACACCUAGACCGAUAUUAACCGAUUACCUACAAUUUUCCGCUAAUAUCUCGAGAACCUGAAGAGUUGCAACAUAAAACAAAGGCUUAUUAGAACCCCACGAAAAUUUGCGGGUCCUAACCCUGCUAUUGAGCCCAUUCUACCCCCUUAUUUUAGAGAACAUGAGAAAAAAUGGUUUUAAAGUUGAAUCAUUUAUUUUGCCGAUCUCUCGACAACUUGAAGAGAGACGAGUGUCAUUUUUUUUAAUUAAUGGGAAAUUUAUUGUAACUCUGCAGGUUCUCGAGGAAAUGAAAAAAAAAAUCGGUAUAAAAAAUGCAAUUUCUAGUUUGUUAAAUUCUCAUAAAUCGUUGAAUAAAUUAUUUUGUAAAUAAA